AUGUCUACCAUUCGAAGAGAAUUAGUUUAUCAAGCAGUCAAUAAAGCAUGGUCAUCGCUUGAUUAUAACAUUCACAAGGGAUUCCACGUCCACUUUGAAUUUAUAAAACAAAAAAUUCUUGCUGAUAGUUCUCUUACAGAAGAUGAAAAAAAUGAAGCAAUAAGAUUAACUAAUAAAGAUUAUGACCGAGAUAAAAUUAGUUAUAAUUCAGGAACAAGAAGAACUUGUGAAAAUUGCAACAAAGAAUGUUUAGCUACAUUGUAUUGCGAAUAUUGUGUCCAAGAUUAUUUAAAAGCAAGAUUUUCAAAUUGGACAUCUGGAAAUAAUGAUAUUGACAACUUAAUACAAAAAUGUCAAUCGGAAAUGCUUACACCAGAUCGUAUAGUUGAAUGGAUCCCUUAUAAUAAUUUAAUGAAUAUUAAAUACCUAACUAAAGGCGGAUUCUCUAAAAUUUAUACAGCAGACUGGAUUAAUGGACCAUAUAAAGAAUGGGAUUCUAAAAAACAGCAAUUAGAGAGAAUUAAAGUGCAUGGAAUACAAAAUUUUGUAGUAAGUGUAAUACUUAAAGAAUUAGAAAAUAUUGAAGGCGCAAGUCAAAGUUGGUUUGAAGAGGCUAAAUCACAUUUAAAUAUAGGCAGUAAAUAUCCAAGAAUUGUCGAUUGCUAUGGUCUAACACAAAAUCCAUCAAAUGAGAAUUAUAUGCUUGUAAUGAACAAAUUUGAUGUAGAUUUAAGAGAAUAUUUAUUACAAAAUAAUAAUCAACUAACAUGGAAAGAAAGAAUUAAAAUUGCUUUUUUAAUAAUUGAAGCACUUUAUCAGAUUCAUGAAGAGAAUUCAAUCCAUAGAGAUUUGCAUUCUGGAAAUAUAUUAUAUUCACAACUUAAUAAUUCUUGGUGUAUUAGUGAUCUUGGAUUUUGUGGUCCUGUAGAUAAAUCACCAAAAAGUAUUUAUGGAAAUCUUCCAUAUAUUGCACCUGAAAUUAUUUCUGGAAGAAAAUAUACUUUUGCAUCUGAUAUUUAUAGUAUUGCAAUGCUUAUGUGGGAAAUUUCAUCUGGACGGCCUCCUUUUAAUAAUCAUGAAAAUGGUUACUAUCUUGCAAUGAAUACAGUCAAUGGUAUAAGACCAAGAAUAGUACCAGGAACUCCUUUAGAAUAUAAAAAUUUAAUGAAACAAUGUUGGGAUGCUGAUCCAUUAAUGAGACCUGACAUUGUUACACUUAGAAACAAAAUAAGCGGAAUUAAUGCAUUAUUUCAAAAUACACAAAAUGAAUUAGAUGCAAAUAGCAACUUCGAAACAAAUAACUUAGAAACAAAUUAUACAAGCAGCAGAUUAUUUAUAAGUAAAGUUCAUCAAUUUGAAAAUUUUCCUGAACCAAGAAAUGCAACAGAAGAAGAGCAAGAAGCAUUUCAUAGUAAAUCCUAUAAAUUUAGUAUUCCUAAUAAUAUCAAUGACUUUAAUAAUUCAAGUAAUCAAAGUACAUCUAAAUCAAAUAGUAUUUCAAAAGAUAUCUUUAAAGAAGAUGCAAUACAACAGCAAAUUAAAAGGCAAGAUAGUGAUGUCAAUGAUAUGCAAAUUGAAGAAUUUGCUUCUGAACAAUCUGUAUCCCAAACUGAACAAAUUACAAUAAUUGAAGAUGAAAAAGAAGAUUUAACUGAUGAUAAUAAAUCCAAAAAGAUUAAAUUAAAUAGCAAUAAGGCCAAUUUUCAAUAUAUACAAAGAAAUUAUAUUGCAGAUGAUGAUGAAAAUGAUGUUUCUAAUAAUCCAAACUUACAUUCGAAGGAUCAAGAUGAAUUUGAAAUUCCAGAAGAUGGUUUUGAAUAG